AUGUCAGCCUCAGAGGAGCCAUCGCUUCUUGACGAAUGCUUGUCCAAAGAUGCUUCGAAGGACUCAGAAGAAUCAAGCCCCCUCAUCGCAGUAUUGUCCUUUGGAGCUUUCGUAGGGAUUUCCGCGGCGUUUCUCUACUUUCGGGAUCAGUGGAAGCGCCAAGAGCCAACCCCUCCCUCGACCUCUGCCCCCAGCACACCCACUGCAAUUUCCGCGAUGGCGCGUCUCUGGCUGGCGCAAGACCCAGAUCCGAAGACAUGCGCGGAACUACGCACAGAGCUGCACAACAUGCUCGCGGUAGCGCUAGAUGCGGCGAACAGGCUUCGUUUCGGCACCGCCGGUGUGCGCGCGAAAGUCGGGUUGGGAUAUGAUCGUCUGAAUGUGCUGAAUGUGAUCGGCGUUGCGCAGGGUGUCCUCGCUGUGCUUCGAAAGAAACGCGCUUUGGAAAAGGGUAUAGUUAUAGGCUACGAUGCAAGAUACGACUCUGAGCGAUUUGCUAUUGCUAUUGCAACUGUGUUCGAUGAUUGUGAUAUACCUGUAUGGCUUUUUUCACGGCCAGUUCCUACUCCUUUCGUUGCGUAUGCUAUUCUGAAGCUGGACUGCAAUGCUGCUUUUUGCGUGACGGCGAGCCAUAAUCCUCCGAAGGAUAACGGGGUAAAAGUGUUUUGGGGAGAUGGGAUUCAAAUAAGGCCAGCGGAAGCAAAGCUGAUUGAGGAUGCGAUCCGAGAGAAUGCAUGUCCGUGGAAAACAUACUCUUCAUUUGAAAGGUCGACGCUGUCGGAUCGUGUUCUGGACCCAAUGUCACAGAUAGAGAGGCCGUAUUAUCGGACCAUCACGUCGGCGUUGCGGAGGCGUACAGAUGAAGAAAACGGAAAGACGAACCCCGUUGUGUACACUGCUUGUCAUGGUGUAGGGCACAAAUACAUCAACGAGAUGUUCGAGGCCUUUGGACUUCCGCGCGUGAUACCGUGUGAAGCACAGUGUGAACCAGAUCCUGCAUUUCCAACUCUUCCUUUUCCAAACCCGGAAGAAACGGGUGCUCUGGAUCUCGCCACAGCAACCGCGCGAAAAUGUGGAGCUCGUGUAAUAAUUGCUAACGACCCCGAUGCGGACCGACUGGGUGCUGCUGAACUGCAACACGAAAGGGCGGAGGUUCGUGUCUUUACUGGAAACGAAAUCGCAAUAUUACUUGCCGACUACCUUUCGAAAGGGCUUGAGGGAGGGGACAUGCAGAACUAUGCUGUGGUUGCUAGCACAGUCUCCUCAAAAAUAUGCACGUCCAUGGCCAGAAAGCGAGGGUUUGAGUUUCAUGAAGCAUUGACCGGCUUCAAGUGGCUGAACAAGAAAGCGCUUGAUUUGGAGACCGAAGGGAAAACAGUUCUAUUAUGCUAUGAGGAGGCGUUAGGUUUCAACGUCACGCAAAAUAUAGUUCGAGAUAAGGAUGGAAUAUCUGCUGCAGCAGUCUUCGCAGAGAUGGCUGGUGUGAUACACGACUCAGGGAGCACGCUUACCCAGCGACUGGAGGAGCUCAUGGAUGAAUGUGGCGUUCACCUCUCCAAAAAUGGUUAUUAUAAAACAACAAGUACCAGCGCAACUACAACGGAAGUGUUUGAUAAGGCCAGGGCGCGAGGCUUUCCAAGAGACCUUGGAGGGGCUGUCGUGAAAACUGUUAGAGAUUUAACAAAGGGGACAGACACAGGCGAAGAAGACGGGAAGGCACGACUUCCUUCAGAUCCUAGUAGCCAGUUUGUGACUCUUCGGUGUAGCCGUGAUAGCGAUUUAUCCUCCUCUGAUGCGCCGUUGGUCAUUCAUCUUCGAGGGAGUGGAACAGAACCGAAAAUCAAGUAUUAUACUGAGUUGCGUUGCACUCGAGAAGAAUCAGAGAAUGGUUCUGGCAAGGCCUUUCUGGAAAAUUCAGUUCAAGCUGCAAUAGACCAGUUCUUACGACCCCAAGAAAACGGCCUUAGUGGAUAGGCUGUCUUCGGCAGCAAAGUUGCAAUCAUUGUAGGCCGAAUAUAUCCAAACGUUUACGUAAGUUGCCAUUGCACCCCCGCUGUCUAUCCAUAUAAACGGGAAGGCAAUUAUGUAAACUUCCUUGGGAGGUUAUUCAGCUGCCAUUUGCAUAAUCUCUUGGAGACGCUUAUUCAAGUUGGUCAGUUGUGCACUCAAUUCAUUUGCUGACGCCUUAGUCUUUUCCACGACAGCUGGUGGUGCCUUGUCCGCAAACCCUGGUGCUGCUAGUCUCCG